AUGUCUAAAAUUCUAGUUGUUUUCGCUGCGACGGGCCAUCAAGGCGGUUCCGUCGUGAACAGCGUCCUGGAGGACGCGACGCUCUCCAAAGAGUUCAAGAUUCGGGCCGUCACACGCAAUGCGUCGUCCGACGCGGCCAAGGCGCUGGCAAGCAAGGGUGUGGAGGUCGUAGAGACCAGGCUGGACGACGCGGGCUCGGUCGCGGCCGCGCUCGAGGGCUCGCACACCGUGUUCGCGAACACGGUGACGGUGUUCGAGGACUACGAAGAGGAGACCCGCCUGGGCAAGCUCAUCGCGGAUAAGGCCGUCGAGGCUGGCGCCGCGUUCCUGGUAUGGAGCAGUGUUCCGUCGCCGACGAAAGUGACGCACGGGAAGGUCACGCAGGUGACAAGCUUCGAGACCAAAGUCGCUGUGGAGGAUUACAUCAAGACACUGCCCAUCAAGAGCGCGUUCUACUGGCCGGCGUCGUUCAUGCAGAACUUCGCGCGCCCGUUCCGGCCCCAGCCGGCGGACGACGGCCGCUUUCUCAUCAGAAACCUGUUCAACAAGGACACCCCGCUUCCGCUGGUCGACGUCGACGACUCGGGCAAGUUUGUCGCGUCGCUCAUCGCGGACCCUGACUUUUUCGCGGGCAAGCACAUCGCGGGCGUCAGCGGCGUGUACACGCCCGCACAGUUCGCUGAGAUCGUGGGCGCGGCCACGGGCAAGCACGUCGAGUACGAGCAACUGGCCGACGAUGCCUUCAAGGCGCCGCCUCCUUUCAAUUCGGUUCUGGUGACGAGCAUGAUGAAGUACUUCAGAGACUACAAUUACUACGGGCCCGCCCAGGACGAAGAGGUCCAGUUUGCGCUGAACCACGUGCGCUCCAAGCCCAGGACGCUUCAGGAAUAUCUGAAAGCGAACCCGCUCGCGCUGUGA